AUGUCGACCGCCGCCCGCCGUCGCUUGAUGCGCGACUUCAAGAUCUGGGCUAACACCGACCGUUGCAGGAACGCCGUGAUCAUCGGACCCGCCGAUACGCCCUUUGAGGAUGGAACCUUCAGACUCGUGAUGCAGUUCGAGGAGCAGUACCCCAACAAGCCGCCCGCAGUCAAGUUCAUCAGCCAGAUGUUCCACCCCAACGUCUAUGCCACAGGAGAGCUCUGCCUCGAUAUCCUGCAGAACAGAUGGAGUCCCACAUACGACGUGGCUGCGGUGUUGACGAGUAUCCAGAGUUUGCUUAACGACCCAAACACAGGAUCCCCCGCGAACGUGGAGGCGUCGAAUCUGUACAAGGACAACCGCAAGGAGUAUACGAAGCGGGUUCGUGAGACGGUUGAGAAGAGCUGGGAAGACUAG